GUGUCUUGAAUUAUGCUAAUGAGCUGAACGAAUCAUGAAUAUGCAAAUCAGGUCACGUUGACGUCUUCGGGCGACUGUGUUGGCGCAUUUUGUGCGAACCUUCCCCUGAAAAGACACCACUGCGUCACCGCGUGGCGUUGGAAUGUAUAUAAAAUAUAACAUUUUCAACUCUGAGCCUUCGUUUCAUUCAUUAGUCUUAUUUUUAUUUAAAUAGAAAAUCGGAGCCAAAAUGGAGGCUGCGUGUUUUUGUUUCCCAUCGAUGAGUGACAAACUCGCGUAGCCAAUCAGAAAGCCGGAAGCGUGUGACGUGGCGCGGAAGGCGCACCGCGCUCAAGCCAAUCGCCUCACUCGUUUCGGCCACGUGCCACUUUUCGCGGCAAAGUAGGAUUUGGCGCGUGAAAAAGUCAGCUCGUUUCCGAUCAGCUGGAGCGACAACAAAAACAAGCGCGCGCAGCGUCUGGGCGUCUGGGCGCAGAAAAGACCCGGGGGCCGACUGAUGGACUCCGAUGGACUCUGCAAGCGGUCGUGAGGGACAUCCGAACGCUCCUGGAGGUUUUAUCUUCACACCUGCGAGCUGUGGAUGAAGCUCUCGUUCUGCAUUGUUUCUUCCAAAUCCGAUCAAACUUCCUGAUCGAGCUGAGAAACAUCACCGAGCUGCAGGAAGACCUGAGAGUCUUUGUUUUGCUCUCGGAUCUUCAUCUGCAUCAGCUUUUUUUUCUGAGCAGUGACAACUUUAAUUUCUCAAACCUUCUUCUGCAUAAAAACCUGCAAGUUUGAACAAAAGCGUUGUGAAAAUGAGCAAAAGAAAAAAGUUGCUGUUUUUUGGCCUGUUUGUCUUUUUCCUCUCAGAGUCUCUAUAAUCAAUAAUGUAUAAAUGAUUAUGUGUAUUGAUAUUGUGUUUUAGAGUGUUUAUUAUUAUUAUUAAUAUUAAUAUAAAUAAUAUUUGCAGCUUUUUUGCAUUUAAUCUUUUAACCUGCAUGUGGUUCAGACUUUCAGACCAAAACAAAGGAGAUUUGAGUUGAAGUCAUGUGACUGUGCUGCUGUAAUUACACAUUUAUAACAUCGUUCUCCUGAAAUCUAACUAGAUAUUAAAAAUCUCUUUUGACUAUAAAAAUCCAUUAGGUGCUUCAGAUUAGUGAUCAGACGGGUCAUUUAUAUCCGUGUCGAAAGCAUCCAGCUAAACUUUAGUCUAUUGUAUUUUCAUCAUCAUCAUCGUCAUCAUCAGACUCUUCAGUGGAACUCACAGGAACCCGAUAUUAUAGCUGUUUUUUAUAUAAGUGAAGGUCAACGCUCACGGAUCCGGGAUGACCGACACGGUGGUUACGGCUCAUAGCUCGGAGGAUCUGCUGCUGGACUUUGAGACUCUUUUGAACAGCGGCAGCAUCGACCUGAGUGCAGAUCAUCAGAUCGUCAUCAUCUCUCCAGCGUGCAGCGGUGUGGAGCUUCUUCAACCCCGGAGUGCAGGAGGGGAUCUGCUGCUGUUCUACCCGCACAGUACCGCACUGUCCGGGGCACAGCAGUCCAGAGACACGGCGCCGGGCCGCCCGCCGGUGAAGAGGAAGUUAGAUUUGGACAAUGAUCACCAGUACAUCAGCACAACUAGACCUCCACCUCCAUGUCCUGCUCCUCCUGCCACACCUGGACGUCCUAAAGUCCCUCGGCUGAGCACGGAGAAAUCCCGCUAUGACACGUCCCUGAACCUCACCACCAAGCGCUUCCUGGACCUGCUCUCUCAGUCUACAGACGGUGUGGUGGACCUGAACUGGGCCUCACAGGUGCUGGAUGUCCAAAAGAGACGCAUCUAUGACAUCACCAAUGUCCUCGAGGGCAUUCAUCUCAUCUCCAAGAAAUCCAAGAACAACAUUCAGUGGCUUGGAAACCGUAUCGACGGCGCCUCGGUCGCUCGCCAUCAGGAGUUACAGAAGGAAGUGUCUGAACUGUCCGACGCUGAAGACAAAUUGGAUGAACUUAUCAGCAAGUCCAGUUUGCAGCUCCGCCUCCUCACCGAGGACUCAGAAAAUAAAAUGUUGGGGUACGUGAGAUGUCAGGACCUGCGCAGCACCGUAGACCCUCCGGAUCAGAUCGUCAUCGUGAUCCGAGCCCCGCCCGAAACACAGAUGACCGUCAGCGAGCCCAGCGAGGGGUACCAGAUCUCCCUGAAGAGCACUGAGGGACCCAUCGAUGUGUUCCUGUGUCCUGAGGACAGCUCUGGAGUUUGUAGUCCUGUAACAGGCUGCAGUCCUGCUAAAUCGUCCACUCAAAGCCCUGCUCCUCCACAGGAUGUGAGAUCCUCGACACUGGCGAUGCUCCCAAGCACCUCCCCUCUUCCUUUAGUAAAUGAGACAGAGUCAAUGCUGGACCCUUUCCCAGGUAUCAGCGAGAUGGCCGACUUCGACCCCUUGACCCUGGGAUCAUCAGACUUUCUUUUAGACCGGGCCGGUCCCGGUUCCGGCUCAGAUCCCUUCAGCUUCAUCAGCUUGUCUCCGCCCCACACGCAGGACUACCAUUUCGGUCUGGAGGACUAUGAGGGCAUCAGUGAACUAUUCGACUGCGACUUCACAGACCUCAGCUAUCUGUAAAGGGUCUCGGUUUGGCGUCGUCCUUCUUCUUCACUUCAUCUUUCAGCACCACGUGUGUGUCUGAAAAAUAUUGGCACUUUUAAAAAAAAUGUAUCUGCUUCUCUGGGGGGAAAAAAAACGAACCCUAUUUGCAUCUUCAGCACUUCCUGCUUCAUUAUGCAGAUAAUCUCUGCAGCUCCGAGCUGCUUUUCGUCCUUCAGUAGCACUUCUUCAGGCUCCGCCUUCUUCAACACUUUAAUUUAUUGAUAUUAAAUAUAAUCUUUUUCUUUUAUUAUUGUUUAAAUUGUGAGGUAGAUUUAAAGAGGGUUUUGCACCAUGUGUGUAGAGGUGUGUGUAGAGGUGUGUGUGUGUGUGUGUGUGUGUGUGUGUGUGUAGAUGUUUUUGCUCAGGUGAAUAGAGGAUUCCCGCUUUGCGAUACGUUUUUAUACCACAUCCUCGUGGACGUGUCCUCGUGCGUGACGGACGUGCGGCCGCUUGUAGCAGUAGAGACGUGUGUAGUGUAGUGGUAUGGAAACUAGCUAGUGAGGUUAUUUAAACUACAACAUGUUACUGAUGCACUGUAUUCUGAACCCCUCAGUCAAAACGUAGAUAACGUAGAAAAAACGCAGAUACGACCCCUGGGUUGGCGAAGGCGCAUUAUAAAAAGUAUUGGCACCUGUUCAUAUAGAAAAAAUGUAUGUGUUUUCUGGGUAAAAGUCUCAAUUCGAUGUUUGUGAAACAACAGUGAACACAAUGUCUAGGAUUCGAGCGACGGGUGAAGAGUUGGGGGAAGUCGACGAGGGCGUGUUUAUGAAGGUGUUAUUGGAACACAGCCCUGAUCCGUACCGCUACUUGUAUUUGUUGUAGACUUUUUAUUUAAUAAGCUAUUAACUUCAUACAUGAGUAUGACCUAUUAAACUGCCUGCCUGUGUGUGUGUGUGUGUGUGUGUGUGUGUGUGUGUGUGUGAGAGAGAGAGAGAGAGAGAGAAAGAAUGGGGCCGGGUUUUCUAAAAGGCAGCUUGUUUUAUUUUGCAAGAGUGCACUUAAGUGUGUGUGUGUGUGUGUGUGUGUGUGUGUGUGUGUGUGUGUGAAUGCCUAGAUGGAAAAAAUCUGGUGUAUGUGUAUAAAGGUUUUAUUUCUCGUUUCACACUUGUGCAGUGUGUUUAAGAAGUUUUAGGGUUUUUCCAUGUGGUGUGUGUGUAUCUGUGUAUCUGUGUGUGUGUGUGUGUGUGUGUGUGUGUGUGUGUGUGUGUGUGAUCAUGAUGUCAUGCUAUUCACUUAACUGACGCAAUUCAUCCCAAAGUGCAAGAAAACAGUGGAGUCUUUUCAUCGCUAUCCAGCGCUCAGAUUCAGUUUGUUUGAUGCAUUAAACUUUGUGGUUUUGGGGAAAAUGUAUGAACCGUAUGCAAAUUCAUUCUCACAUGACUUUUUAUGACAGGAAGUGAAAAAUCAAUAAUCAUCAAUAAUCCCAAUAAAAUCGGUUCUCUGCCAUCA